AUGCGACAUGCCACGCAAACGGUCAGCACGCGAGACAGCGUUCCGCACAGACGCUCAACGGGCGAAAAGGCGUUGACGACCAUCUCCAUGUCUCUUGUGCAGGGCAGUGCCGAGCACAAGGCGGCCAUCCGCGCCAAGGUGUGGGCAACGCUGCGCGCCGUGGCCCGGCCGGACUCACGCUUCCACUACGACUUCUCGCGCUUCAUCGCUGAUUUUGCAGGCGCCGAUGUGGCCUGUGAUCGCCUGCUGGCCCUGGACUGUUUCCAGCACAGCCGCACCGUCUUCAUCGCGCCCGACAACUGUCUGGGUCACCUGCGCGAGCGCGCCCUGCAGGCCGGCCUCUGCGUGCUCGUCACGACGUAUGGCAUUUGCCGCGGCUUCUGGCUGCUCGACCCGGCCACCAUCGCGCCCGCGCUGUUUCGCUAUGCCGCCACGCUCGACGGCAUGGAGCACGUUGGCCGCCCGGUGUCCCUGCAGGAUCUCGUCGACCUGCAGCCUGCCAUCGGUCCCAUCGGGCUCAUGGUCACCGGCACUGGCGCCAUCAAUACCCGCGGCGUCCGCUUCGGCAAGGGCCAUGGCUUCUUCGACCUCGAGUGGGCUAUGCUCUUUGCUCGUGGACUUGUCCGUCCCCACACCGUCGUCGCUGCCGUUGUCCACGACUGUCAGCUGCUCGACGAUGACCUCCGCCCUGAGCCGUUCGACACCGUCUGCGACCUCGUCAUCACCCCUACCCGCGUCCUUCACGUCGGUCCCGUUCAGAAACCCACCUGCGGCAUCCUUUGGGACCGCCUUCAGCCCAACAUGCUCGCUGACAUUCCUCCUCUCCAGGAGCUGCAGGCUUUGGAGGCUCAAGUCGUGUCUGCUUAG